AUGGACAAAAUAUUGGAAUCAAGCACAGUCCAGCAACACAGUGUGGCAUUUGGAUUCGAACCAGCAAUGGAGGUCAUUUCGCGUCACCAAAUUAUCCUGAUUCGUACCCCCCAAACAAGGAAUGUAUCUACAUCUUGGAAGCUGCUCCACGUCAAAGAAUAGAAUUGACCUUUGAUGAACAUUAUUAUAUAGAGCCAUCAUUUGAAUGUCGAUUUGAUCACUUGGAAAUUCGAGAUGGACCUUUUGGCUUCUCCCCUCUUAUAGAUCGUUACUGUGGCAUGAAAAGCCCUCCGUUAAUUAGAUCAACAGGGAGGUUUAUGUGGAUUAAGUUUAGUUCUGAUGAAGAACUUGAAGGACUGGGAUUUCGAGCAAAAUACUCAUUUAUUCCAGAUCCAGACUUUACCUACCUAGGAGAUUGCCAGUUUGAGCUCUCAGGAGCUGAUGGAAUAGUACGUUCUAGUCAGGUGGAACAAGAAGAAAAAACAAAACCUGGCCAAGCAGUUGAUUGCAUAUGGACAAUUAAGGCCACUCCAAAAGCUAAGAUUUAUUUGAGGUUCUUAGAUUAUCAAAUGGAGCACUCGAAUGAAUGCAAGAGAAACUUUGUCGCAGUCUAUGAUGGAAGCAGUUCUAUUGAAAAUCUGAAGGCUAAGUUUUGCAGCACUGUGGCCAAUGACGUGAUGCUUAAAACAGGAGUUGGAGUGAUACGGAUGUGGGCAGAUGAAGGCAGCCGGCUUAGCAGAUUUAGAAUGCUCUUUACUUCCUUUAUUGAGCCUCCCUGCACAGGCAGUACUUUUUUUUGCCAUAGCAACAUGUGCAUCAAUAAUUCUUUAGUCUGCAAUGGUAUUCAAAACUGUGCAUACCCUUGGGAUGAGAAUCAUUGUAAAGAAAAGAAAAAAGCAGGAGUGUUUGAACAAAUCACUAAAACCCAUGGAACAAUUAUUGGCAUUACAUCAGGGAUUGUCUUGGUCCUUCUCAUUAUUUCUAUUUUAGUACAAGUGAAGCAGCCUCGAAAAAAGGUCAUGGCUUGCAAAACUGCAUUUAAUAAAACGGGGUUCCAAGAAGUGUUUGAUCCUCCUCAUUAUGAACUGUUUUCACUAAGGGACAAAGAAAUUUCUGCAGACCUGGCAGACUUGUCAGAAGAGCUGGACAACUACCAGAAGCUGCGACGCUCCUCCACUGCCUCCCGGUGCAUUCACGACCAUCACUGUGGAUCGCAAGCAGCCAGCGUCAAACAGAGCAGGACCAAUCUCAGCUCCAUGGAGCUUCCUUUCCGCAACGAUUUUGCACAACCACAGCCAAUGAAGACAUUUAACAGCACCUUCAAAAAAACUAGCUACACUUUUAAACAGGCACAUGAAUGCCCUGAACAGGCUCUAGAAGACAGAGUAAUGGAGGAGAUUCCCUGUGAAAUUUAUGUCAGGGGGCGAGAAGAUUCUGCACAAGCAUCCAUAUCCAUCGACUUUUAAUCUUCGACUUAAGGUGACAUGGUCAUUCAGUGCGUGUGUAUGCAGCCUACAGAAUACCCAUGCUGUUUCCAACAAGUCCCCUUCCCCUGUCAAAACUGGGAAAACCUUUAUUUGCUCUUAACCUAUUUAUUGUAUCAGGCAGUAUAUACAUGUUCAGUCAACAGAAGUAAACCGCCGUGUGGUGUUGCACGGCGCUUGGAGAGGGGAGUGGCCGUCUCGUGUCAGGCCCAGGCUGUCUCAGUAUUAACAACAGGAGUACUGCUGUUGAUAAUACAGCUGUCAAUAUUUUGAUCCAAAAAUAAACUGAAAAAUAAGAUUUUCCUUUACAUUUGUAUUAUUUUUCUUUAAGUCGGUAUGUUUUAUGAACUUAGAAAUUUUAGCUUUUGAUGUUUUAUAUAAAAAUAAGUGGUUCAUGUGCCGCAUACUUCAGCAUAAGCCUUUCUUCUGAAGUGUGUCAAAAUUACAGCUAAUUACUGUGAUAAGUGCCAAUUAAGACUCAGAGUUGUAUUUCAUCCAUCUGUUUCUUGACUUAUUUCUCUACUUCCAUCUUUUGUUACUGGAUUCUCAGUCCUUUUUCUGUGAGAAGUAGUAAAUGAUAUGAUUUAUCACCUUUAUAUUUUGUGUAAAUUACCCUAGAAAAUUUCAUAACCCCACAAUGUCUACACUAUCAUUACCAGUUAUAACUAAAAUAUGAGAAACACAACAGCUUUCUAGUAAGCCUUCAGAAUUUCU